AUGGAAACUGCCUGGGUUACAGAGAAGUACGGUUACGAUCUGUACUUACAAUGCACCUACAUUGGCAUUGGCUCGAUAGAGGACUUGUUCAUGCAAGCAAGAAGGAUAAGGUACGACGUCAUUGGACUGGCAGAUACGAGACGACAGCACCUAUUUAACGCCGUUUAUGACACCGGAGAACAACUGUUCCCCGGGAUAUGCAAUACUGGUGAAGUCAGCGGCGUUGGCGUUCUCGCUGACACUAGUUUCGCCAUGAACUUCGAUUUCUUUGAACAACUAACAGCCCGAAUCGGACGUUUACGAUUAAAGAGAUGUAGAUCAACAUCGGCUUUGACAACAAAUCAAGCCAUAACGAAGAGGAAGUCAAGCCGUUCUACAAGGGCUUGGAGUUGUGCUAUAGAGAAGACUAUACAUUAUUUGAGGUCAUCAUAG